AGUACAUCUUCCCAGAAGUAGGUGAAGAUGUGAAUGCAGUGAAUGCAGUGCCCAGUUCACCCUGCAUGGCCCUAACUGAGGAAGAGCAAGCAGAACUCAACAGUGAACUAGCAAAGGUGGAAGAUGAGAUCCAGACUCUUUCUCAGGUGCUGGCGGCCAAAGAAAAGCAGGUGGCGGAGAUCAAGCGGAAAUUGGGCAUCACUCCACUCAACGAGUUCAAACAGAACCUGAGCAAAGGCUGGCAUGAAGUCACCACCUCCACUGCGUAUAAGAAGACCUCAGAGACCCUGUCCCAAGUGGGUCAGAAGGCAACGACAGCGUUCUCCAGCGUGGGUUCAGCCAUUGGCAGAAAGCUAGAGGAUGUGAGAUUACAGUCAUUUUCCAAUUCUUUUGGAAACACACCCACCUUCAAGUCAUUUGAGGAGAAAGUGGAAACCAUAAAGACCAAGAUGAACCGGACACCAUCAACAGGCGAUACCGAAGAGGUUUCUGAAUCCACACCCGACGGAAAGCCAGUGGUUGAACAGCCAGAGGGAAUGUGUCCACCAGAUCAAAAACCGCACUGAGGAUCCACCCUCAAACGCUCCCCUCUUCUUUCUUUUUUCCUCCUGUCCCCCUUCUUUCAUUCCACUGUGGUACUUCUGCAUAGUCACUGUGAGCUUUGUUUCGUGGCUGUGUUUGUCCACUGAAGUCUGGGUCAUCUCCAGACGGGACAUGAUAGUCCUACACUGGAGCAGAUGUGUCAGAAUGUGAGCUAUACUGUAUGUUCACUCAUGCACUGUCACACUAGAGCAUUGACCUUUGACCCCCUACCUUCAGGUCCGUAUUGUUUUAGCCUCGUGAGAGGCUCAGGCUGUCCUUUUGAAGUCCCUAAACAUUUCUAUUUACUCUUUUGAAGAAUAUAUCCUUAAGUCAUUAUAUAAAGUUUAAAGAUGUAAUUGAAUUUGACUUCUUGUUUGUGUACAUUCUCUGUAGCACGUCCAGCUACUUAAAAUUGCCAGCCAAAUUAACCAGAUUUCUCUGUAUAUAGUUCAUUUUGCCGUUUUUAAAACAAAUGCCAAAAACUCAGAACAUGAGUUCUGUCUCUAAGUGUGUACUUUGAACUAAAAGAUUUUUGCAUAGAAAGUUUAUUGAUCGUAUUGUUAGCAUUAAUACCAAAUAUGAUCAAACAGUAGUGAUGUUAGACUAUUUCAUUAUUCUGUAUUUUGGAUUCUUGAUUUAGCUAAGGAGAGUUUGUCAUAAAAUGAGCAGACUUGAGUUAACAAUGUGCUUUGUGACUUUACUUCUCUUUGUUUUUAUGGCGUUAGUAUAGUCGCACCACUGAGAUCCCAGUGCCUUCUGUUGCUAAAGCUGGGGAGGUUUAAUCUCACUUUAAGCAUGUUUCUGAUGACUUUGUAAUUUGACCACUGCUGUAGUUUUUUUUUUUCUCUCCAGAAAACAGGACAUACUAUGAGAGGGACAGACGUCAUAGUCUUCUAGACAACACUUCUUCCCUGUUGUUUUAAACUGUCUAAUACAGCUGAAAAGCAGUGUUAAACAAUUAGCUUUAGAUCCUAAUAUUUACAAGCACUAAAUCUAGUAUUGUUUGUGUAGUUCAUGGAGCCGCUUACACUGUAGUACCUAAUGUUGUGGCAUCUUCAAGACUGCAAAAUUAAAAAGUAUAUUUUUUAUAUUGAUAUUGUUAGAGUUUCUGAACUGUAGAUAAAAAGGCGUAACCUUUAUGAUAUGGUAGUGGUUGCUAAAGGCUUUGGUGUGCAGGGGUUUCUGCUUGUGAUGGUAUUUAACGGGCAGAUGUAUUCUCAUAUGGUAAUAUUUCAUUAUUGGCUCGUAAUUUGAGUGUACUUUUCUGCUUUCUGCUAUGCUGCUGCAAGAAAUAUUAAUGUAGAAUAGGAAUAAAACGUUUACAGAGGUUUAGGUUCAACAUGUAUGAUCUAUUACUCUAGAUCUAGUGUUGAUAUCCAAAAUGAAAUAAUACUACUGUGGAAAAUAUUAAGUAUUGUUAAGAGUUUUCGGUUUAAAACAAUGUUUUAUGUGUGUUUUGUGUUGACUUAAUAGAUGGAGGGUGGGAAUCCCCAGUGGGACCAAAAAUGAUUUAAUUUCUCCCCCUUCUGCCUCACUGAAGUCAUACUGCAGCUCAGGUGGCAUUUGUUUCAUCUUUCCUCACAUCAUCUUUUGAAUAUGAAUAUUGCUUUAUAGUGAAUGUCUCUAAUAGGCUUUUGUCUUGGGUUACAGUUGCGGUAGUUGAAUCUGCUGUUAUGUUCAUUUAUAAUUAGCAUCCUGAAACACUACUUUGAGUUAAAAAAAUAUAAAAUAUAUAUAUAUAUAUAGAAACAUUCGUUCCUUUGUAUGUUUGAUGCCUAAUAAAGCACAUUACACACUG